AUGCUCCAAGAUGAUUUGAUCUGUAGAAUAGAGCAGGGUGGAGCCAUGGAAAGGGAGAGAGAGUGGAGGAGGAGGAAAAAGGGGAAGGAGGGGGAGCAGGAGGAGGGGGAGGAGGAGGAGGAGGAGGAGGAGGAGGAGGAGGAGGAGGAGGAGGAGGAGGAGGAGGAGGAGGAGGGGGAGGAGGAGGAUGGAGGGGGGGGGGGGGGAGGAGGAGGAGGAGGAGGAGGAGGAGGAGGAGGAGGAGGAGGAGGAGGAGGAGGAUGGGGGGGGGGGGGGGAGGGGGAGGUGGAAGGGGAGGAGGAGGAGGAGGAGGAGGAGGAGGAGGAGGAGGAGGAGGAGGAGGAGGAGGAGGAGGAGGAGGAGAAGGAGGAGGAGGAGGAGGAGGAGGAGGAGGAGGAGGAGGAGGAGGGGGAGGAGGAGGAGGAGGAGGAGGAGGAGGAGGAGGAGGAGGAGGGGGAGGAGGAGGAUAGAGGGGGGGAGGAGGAGGAGGAGGAGGAGGAGGAGGAGGAGGAGGAGGAGGAGGAGGAGGAGGAGGAGGAGGAGGAGGAGGAGGAGGAGGAGGAGGAGGAUGAGGAUGCGGAGGAGAUAGUAUGGAGAGGGGAGACAAGGGGAGACGAGGGGGACGGGGCAACGAGGGGGAAUACGGGAGACGAGGGGUGCGGGGCGGGAGAGGGGAGGACGGUGGAGACGAGGGGGGCGGGGAGGGCGAGGGGGGGACAGGGGACACGGGGGGACGAGGGGGGCGUGGGGGACGGGGGAGACGAGGAGGGCGUGCGGGGCGGGGGGGACGGAGAGCGCGAGGGGGACGCACGGAGGAGAUCGCUGAUGGCGGCGGUGGGAACGGCGGGGACGAGCAGGCGCGUGCCGAGCACGGUGUGCACGUGCAUGCACCACGCCGAGAUGUCGCCUCCCCCAUGUGGCACCUCCGACGGCGAUACCAACCCUCUCGCCGGCAUAACUCCCGCCGCUUCCCCACCCGCCACUACCCCCGUCGCUACCCCUCCCCCUCCCAUCUCUACCGCUCCCCUCCCUGCUCCGCCCCUCCCUGCCCCGCGCGUCGCUGCGCCUCCCCGCACGCCCGCUGGUCGGCCUCGCGCCAUGGCGGCAGCUUCUCGUGCGCCUCAACAAGAACCGGCUCCCUUUUCCAACGAUCGCUGUGCGAUGCCUGUGCGAUCCCCGUGCGAUGCCUGUGCGAUGCCUGAACAACUACCCAUCUCCCUCGUGUACGGCGACGAGCGCUGGCAGAAAACCAUUCGCUACUUCCUCACCCGCCACGGCCAGCACAUCAGCUCCCUCCACCUCAUCUUCACCGACCUGAAGCAACUCCGCUCCCUCCGCCCCUUGAUCGCUCGCUGCAGCCCCUCCCUCUCCUCCUUCAGCAUCAAGCUUCGCGGCUUUGUAGACAGCGACGAGGAGCAGGAGUACAAGGACUGGACGCUCACCUUCCUCCAAAACUGCUCGCACCUGCAGCACCUGAAGCUGGGCCGAGGCAUGUGGAACCUCGAUAAGAGCUGUGCGAAUGCGGCCUGGUUGAGGUCCAUCCGCUGCCUGACCCUCAAGCAGGUGGACACCAACCACGUCAACUUUAAGUAUCUGGACUCCAUCACACCGCAGCUGCACGAGUUCACGCUCUACCAGCACUGGCACCUCUCCCGCGGGCCCAUGUUUGGCUCCCAUGAGAUGAAAUUCUCCUUCCCCAAUGCCCGCCUCCUCCGCUUCCGUUUCGCCAGCAACGAGCUCACGCUCACCCUAACCGUCUCCAAGGCUCUCAAGACUCUAUCAGUGAUGGCUAAGUGGCUCGUGCUCUCCUGCAAGAGCACCGCCCCUCUCACUCUCGACCACCUCUCACUGUAUGGCCAGGAUCGACUUGUCAUCUCCACCCUCCGUCUUGCAUCUGCACGAGCCGUGUACCUGAACGGCCCUGCAACCGACAAGGGCAGCAGUCGCCCCAGGAUAUCCUACCAGUUUCCGCCUUCAUUCCAGCACGCUCCCCGUGGCGUUUCCAGCUUUUCGUGGACCAAAUGGCUGCGCUCUAUAGCGGGAAGCGUGGAGGUGCUUGUAGUGAGGCACGGAAUUCCGAUUGAGGAGGUGGGUUCGGUGUGGAGGAAGCUUCGCAGCCUUGGGAUUGUCGCGCACGCAAAGGGGCAGCAUAAUAAGGAGUGGGAGGCGACGGUGGAGAAUCACAAGGCGUUUAUGGAUGACGGGGAGUAUGAUGAUGAUUUGGAUGAAGAUGGCUUUGGUGGUUAUGAUGAUGAGGAUGACGAGGAAGAGGAUGAUGAUUAUGAUGAUGAUGAUGCUGAUGAGGAUGAGGAUGAGGAUGAGUAUGGUUCUUCUGACGAUGAUGAUGUGUAUGGGGGGAGGGGUUAUGGUGGGAGAGGGGGAAGAGGCCGCAAGUCUGUGCAAAAGAAGAAGAAAGAGAAGGUCUGUGCCAAGCCGCCAUCCAUCGGCGCUCCCAACCUGCAGUUCCUCUUCUUCCCCACGCGCAAGGUGUGUGACGUGCCCACACUGGCUGCACUGCGGCAGGACUACCCCGCCCUGGCGCUCUACUGUGUGGUGGACCGCUCCUUCUACUGGCACAGGAAGGGGAUGCCUGUGAGGGAUGCGCCGCUGGAGCAUGUGCGGCAGGCAAAGAGCGGGGUGCUGCGGGAUAGGUUUGAUGAGAAGAAGCAGCUGAAGAAUGUGAGGGAGAAGAUGUACAGUGUGAAUAGGAAGCUGGUGGAGGGGUACAGUGUUGAGGAGGACGAGGCGCAUAUGUUUAAGUACAAGGGAAGGUUCUAG